GCUCGCAUGUUGGUGCCUUUUGGUACUGGAGGGCUCUUAGCCACCGUCGACCCAGCUGCUAAAGCUUUAGGUUGCCCAUUUCAUCGCUCAGACAGUCAGAUAUACCAUUAGGUCCCUGUCGGUGAUGCUCGUAUCGGUCUGUCAACAGCGCCCUUGGACGUACAUGUAUGCGCGCGCGCCCUUCAGGCUACUAUGGACAAAUGUACCCGAAAAUGCGCUUUUAAAUUGCUGUGCUUAUGCCACACAUUCAGCACCUUUACCAAUUCUUUCUCCAAAUCAUCCCCAUUUCAAUCACCAUCUCUUCGUUUACACCUGCACUUAUUAGAUCACACCGUUGAAACCAAUCAUGGCUGGUGAGCUUCAAUUCCGCGUCGCAACCGUCGACGACGCAGAGCCGCUCCGACAGCUCAUCGAGGCUGCCUUUCGCGCAGAAGAUUCAAGAGAAGGCUGGGUCGACAAUCUGGGCCUGGGAGCUGCCUUUCGCCUGAAGCUCGACGUCGUCCUGGGUAUCAUCAAUGAUGCAGACAGCGACAUGCUCAUGGCCUUUGACAAUGACGGCACACUCCUGGGCACUGUGACCGUCGCGCAUAAGGGGCCGGGGCGCGGCAGGAUUAUUUUUCUCGCCAUACAGAAGGAACAUCAGCAAGGUGGCCUUGGACGAAAGAUCCUCGCCCACGCGGAGGACUACGGCCAGCAGCGCUGGGGCAUCACGAGGUUCGGGCUCAACGCGUUGUCGGCCCGGACAUUGCUCAUCUCGUGGUACACGCGACGUGGCUACGCGAAGACGGGGGAGACGACCCCGUUUCCGCGUGACGCGUUACCAGAUUCCGUUGCACCGGAAGAUCUGUACUUUGUCGAGAUGGAGAAGAUCGUGGGCCCAGAGUCAUGAGGCAUCGAAGGA